CCCCAAGUCUUAUAUAUAACAACACAUGAGCUUCUACUCAUUUGUGAAUAGCUCCCUUCAAGUGGCUUCCUCCGUUUACCAUGCUCCCUGCAGAAUUACACCACCUGACUGGACCCGCGAAGAGCUCACUCACGCAAAAUUGGGAGAAUGCUCCACCAAACUGGAGGAUCUCAGAGCCGAAUGCCAUUGGGGGCCUGAUAUGUUCGAUGCACUUGAUGCAAUGGAAGACGCAUUUCGCGAGUUGGUGAUAGACUGAGAGAUCAUCUCAGAGCUCCGAUGGCACGUCCAUAUAGAAGGACUGAUUCUCUCCUGCAAAAGAAACAUAUCGCACCUCCUGAGACUUUAGGUCUAGUCCUAGUUGUGGCUCAGCUAGUGCCAAAGAAUAGCAGGGAGGCACUGAAUCGCCUGCAAACCCGCUUCAAAUCAACGAUUCAGAACAAGGCUGCGAAUCAAGCCAAGGAGAACCACCGUGUCGUCCACGCGGAGCAUUACAAGAAGGCUGGCGAGAACCCGUCGAUCGCAUACGCACACGCUGACUCGUCGAAGCGUAAAUAUAAUAAGUUCGAAUCCUUACGGUUCUCUGAUGUUAUAACCCCCCGGAUGACGACGGACGAGGCCAAGGCGUUCCUUAACCGCCUGUCAUUCCAUAUUACCAAUCACUUCGCCCGGAAUGGGCCAGAGCAUGCAAACGACACAGGAGGCGAGGUCGGUCUGGCCGGAUACAAGAUCGCUCUUAAUGCUUGGGCUUUCCACAGCCCUUAUGAGCUGGUGAUCCUCGCCAGGUGCCAUGCUUCCUGUUGGCUUCUUGUGACCACGUCGCCAGAGACCAGUCACUUCUCUCUGAAGCAGAGAAGACAGGCUGAUAGGACCAAGAGCAGACGUCAGGAUAUGUUCGUCAAAUUACGGACGCAGAAUGCGAAAGGGCGCGACGCCCAUCGGCAUGUGAGCCCGGACAUGUUCAACAGCAAUGACUAUAUGCGCUUCGACCUGGAGCAUCCUCGACAGGCAGUCUCAGUCCGAGUCUCAGUCCAGGAGAACAGUAUCAAGACUGGAAGUGCAAGACCUACACGAGGACCAAGGCUAUAA